UGGAUGCGGUCCUUCACCACUGUUCACACACCUUCCAAACCAGCUACAACCCAUCAUCUUUGCAAUCAGUUCUGCAUUUUUUAUAUCAGUAUGCCAAGUCUUGUAAACUGGAAGUUUCCUGAGCUUAUUCGGCGCCUACGGCGCCGUGGCCAACCGUUUGCUGCUGGUGCUCCAGUCGAGCAACCCUCCGCAAUUGAGGUUCAGGAGAUGUCUCUUAAGCCACCAAUCGACGGUCUUUUCGAAAUCGACCCAAGCAUGAUCAUCAGGGGAAGCAAUUACCCGACCGCUUCGGGUGGUCUUGGAGAAGUUUGGAAAUGUAUUUUGAAUAGGGGCGCAAGCCAGGAAGAAGUUGCAGUCAAAUCUCUACGGUUCACAAGUUUAACUGACGCUGAAGUCGACAGGAUCAACCGUAAACUUGACCGGGAACUCAGGAUCUGGACCAUAUUAAAGCACCGGUAUGUAAUACCCCUGUAUGGCACUGUAAAAGAUUUCGGUUCAUUCCGUGCUGUCGUCACCCCCUGGAUGUCAAACGGGGCUUUGAUAUCCUACCUUGAUCAUGCUGAUCUAACGGCAAUGGAUAACCUUACCCUGCUCAAGCAAAUUGUGGAAGGUCUCAAGUAUCUUCACGACCAUGACGUGAUUCAUGGUGACUUAACUAGUAAUAAUAUCCUAGUUGCUGUCGAUGGAUCCCCGCGCAUUGCAGACUUCGGUAUCUCGAAUAUCAUGUUGGAGUCUAACCCGGCAUUCUCCUAUCAUACCGGUUCAGUUCGCUGGGCUGCUCCAGAGCUCAUACAUGGCACCGUGCCGUGCGCCGCCAAGUCGAGUGAUAUAUAUUCUCUUGGGUGUCUCAUGCUUCAGGUGUUAUACGGGAAACUACCUUACUGGUGGAUCAAAACUGCCCUGCAAGUUAUUGCAUGCAAGUUCAAAUACCAAGAGCCCAUUAACAACACCUUGCAAAUUCAAGCACAUCAUCUUGCUUACAUGCGGCGGUGUUGGUUAAUCGAUCCCGAAUCUCGCCCAUCAGUAGAGGAGACUCUAGAGUUCAUUGCUGGGAUGUUUCCACUUGUUCAUGACUGGCCUUUGUUCUACAACCUCCGAGAACUACCUAAUCAGGUUAUCACAACAUACGAGCAUCGCGGCACCGUGACAGGGGGUCUGGGCGAUAUCUGGAAAUGCAGUUGGCGCAAGAACUCGCAGGAAACUGAAGUUGCGGUCAAAUCAGUUAGGGUUCCUCUUACGGGCAAUAAAGAUGAAGUCAAACAAAUAAUCGAGAUGAUUAAUCAGGAGGCUGCUGCCUGGGCCAAGUCGUCACACCAUAACAUCCUGCCCCUGUAUGGCACAAUCCCUUACUUCAACCCUCUUCCUGCUUUUAUGUCUCCAUGGAUGGCCAACGGCUCGCUGACGGACUAUCUACAACGGGAAUUCUCCUGUUUGUCAGCAACCAGGAAAACUGACAUUUUAAACCAAGUGGUUUCUGCGCUUAAGCACUUGCACGAUUAUGGCAUCGCUCAUGGUUCUUUGACAAGUGAUAACGUGUUCCUUGACGGCUCUGGCAAGGUCUACCUUGCUCACUUUGGUCGUCUCUCCCAGAUUUUUGCACGAGGACAAACCUCUAUGUCUGGUUUAGCAAAUACAUUUGAACUGAGGUACAUUGCGCCUGAAUUCCUCACUCAUAUCGUAGAUGCAGGAGCCUUGAAAUCGAGCAAGGCUGGAGAUAUUUACUCGUUUGGCUGUCUCAUGAUCCAGGUGCUGUUAGGAAAGAUACCUUAUUCGUGGAUUCGCGAUGCCAGCAAAGUUUUUCCAGAAAGAGUCAAAGGUGUACUGCCCUUCCACAUGGAACAGGUAUGUUUAAGCCACGUGCUCAGAGCUGGAGGGUUGAAAUUACUGAUAAAUCGGAGGUCAAUGAAAUGUAUUUGACCUUUGGGCAACAAUGUCUGUCAGUUGAAAGCGAGGCCCGUCCGGCGAUCGAGGAUGUUUUUUGCUUUUUUGUAGUCCAAAGCAUUGGGUAGAUUCUCGCUCGUGCACGCCUGUCUCCGUACUUACCGACCAUAGUGCGGCUGAUUUAACAAAUUCUAUCCGUCGGAUCAAUAAAUACCCCACGAACUCUGGUGGAUAUGCGGAUGUCCACAGAUGCCAGCUUGUCUUGGACUCGACGACCGUGCUCGUACAGCAAGCUGUUUCCCAUUACCAGGUCCCUCGUGGAUGCGUUGAUGU